AUGAAGCUUGUUUCUAUCCUUUCUUCUGCUGCUCUUGCUUACGCAACUCCUCAAAUCACAGAUACGUCCACCGCACCGCCCAACUCAUCUACUGCUCCAGCACCGACGACCCCCGAUGGAGCCAUCUGCGAGUGCGGCUAUACAUACUGCGCAUCAGUCCUCAUGGGGAUGAAGAAACCAUGGACAACCAAGCAACUCGCAGACGCCUACUGCGCCACUCCAAACGCCGUCUGCAACAAUGGAAAACCCAGUACUAGCGUCAACGUCGCCUUGUACAUUUGCUUGUGUGAGGAUCCGGGUCAAAAGCUUGGGAACAAGCUGGACUUGACUAUGCAAAGCCCUCGCUACUUUGAAGUGUUUCAUUCAUCUGACGAAAUAUUUUACUUUAUUCCUUUCGAUUAA